AGAUUAGAUGCACAACAUCUACUAUGGAAGAUGUAUCUCUCAGGAUAUAUCCUCCAUCCUCAAAUCCCCAUUACUGACGGGAUGAAGAUAGCUGAGAUUGGAACAGGAACCGGGAUCUGGGUGUUCGAUGCUGCACGUUCCCUUCCAUCAACAGUGCAGUUGCAUGGCUACGACAUCUGCAACGCCCAAUACCCUGUCAAAGAGCUCUGGCUAUCAAACGUCAGCCUGGGACUCUUAGACUCGUUAUCAGAUCCUCCUUCUGAACUCGUCGGACAAUAUGAUGUCGUCCAUCUUCGUAUGUGGGCAAGUAACCUCCGUGAGAAUAACACAACUCCACUAAUUCAGCACAUGAAGAAACUUCUAAAGCCGGGAGGAUAUGUCCAAUGGGAAGAUGCAGACUUGAUUAAUCAAGAAAUCAAAGGUGAGGACGCCGAACAGUUCGCUGUUAUGAUGAGAGAAAUUCUCAAGCAGGCGGGACUUCAGUAUGAAUGGGUCUCUGAUCUUCCAAAUCGCUUUCCACUUCAAGGGUUCAACGUCAUCGAGGCAGGACAUACGAAAUUUGAGUAUGAUCUGAAGCAACUUUGUACGAGCACUUAUCUCAUGGCACUUGCGGAAAUUCUUCAAGGCAUCGAACGCAAUUCUGCGGGAAGACAGUCCAUAUCGGUACAGGAGCAUGUAAAAGCACUGUAUCGUCUCUUUCCUCAGAGUCGGAAUGGGAUGAUUUACAAUUGGAACCCCGUCACCGUGUUGGCACAGAAGGUCGAGUAG